AUGUCGCCGUCUGUGACUCAAGAGCCCGCUGCCGGCAGAGAUAUGGCUCGGUUCACCACAAAGACAGUUUUAGGCUCCUCUUUUGAGACAACCGAAAGAUAUAGUCAUCUAGAGCCUAUUGGAAUUGGUGUCUCGGGACUUGUUUGCUCCGCCAAAGAUCAGAUUACAAAGCGUACAAUUGCUGUCAAGAAGCUUGCCCAGCCGUUCAAAUCCGAAAAUAUUGCGAAGCACAUGUACCGAGAGGUCAGGUUGUUAAAAACACUUAAACAUGAAAACAUCAUCCACUUGAGUGACAUUUUCAUUUCACCUUCAGAAGAUAUCUACCUGGUGACAGACCUUAUGUCAACAGACUUACACACUCUUUUGAGAUCCAAGAAGGUCGAUAAUCAGUUCACACAAUACUUCAUGUAUCAAAUAAUGCGCGGUCUCAAAUACGUUCAUUCAGCUGGGGUCAUUCAUCGUGAUCUGAAACCAAGCAACAUUCUGGUCAACGAAAAUUGUGACCUCAAAAUAUGCGAUUUCGGUCUAGCUCGUGUCCAAGAGGCAUCAAUGACAGGCUACGUAUCAACUAGAUACUACCGUGCUCCAGAGAUAAUGCUCACCUGGAAGCGAUAUAACGAGAAAGUCGACAUUUGGAGCGCGGCUUGUAUCUUUGCCGAAAUGCUACUUGGAGAGCCUUUGUUCCUAGGCAAGAACCAUAUCGACCAGUUUUGUGUAAUUACCAGGCUUCUUGGGUCUCCCCCCGAUCACGUUAUUUCCAAUGUUACUAGUCCGAAUACUAUGAGUUUCGUCCGCUCUUUACCUGAGCACUCUCGCAAACCCUGGACAACCCUCAUCCCAGGAGCAAACAGUAAAGCCACGAUGCUUUUGGAUAAGAUGCUCCAAUAUGAUCCUGAUGAGAGAAUAUCUGCUACUGAUGCUCUCGCUUCACCGUACCUUGCUCCAUACCAUGAUCCCGAUGAUGAACCGUUAGCGGACGAGGUUAUUGACUGGUCUUUCCUUGAUGCAAACCUACCAGCUGAUGUUUGGAAGACUAUCAUGAACAGAGCUGACUUGGGGAAUAGGUAUGCUGAGGUCUUAGGAUAUCAUCAGGACGGCACCACGCCUCCAUCUGCACAAGAAUCUGAAGCAAUGGACAUGACAUGA